GUAGCCGUGUCAAAGCGCCCGCCUCGCUCUGAGCGCGAACGGAGUUCAAUUCACGAGACCAUCAGUUCGACAUUCACCUCCGCACUAGACGGUUGGCAAAACCGGCGUCGCGAAUCUUCAACACUGAGAGUAAGGGUUAUCAAGUGAGAGGAAGAUAGGCAGAGAAAGACACACACAGGUUAUCGUGUCCUGACCGAUAUCCUCACCAUGAAGAGACUUAUUUUACCACUGGCGCUGAUUUUGCUGGUUUUCGGGCAGUGCGGCAUUCUUGCUGGUAAAGUGAAUAAACACAAGCCAUGGAUUGAGACGUCUUACCACGGUGUGAUCACAGAGAACAUGGACACGGUUCUGCUGGAUCCCCCUCUGGUGGCUCUGGACAAGGACGCUCCCGUGCCCUAUGCAGGAGAAAUCUGCGCUUUCAAGAUCCAUGGGCAGGAGGCCCCAUUUGAGGCAGUGGUGCUAAACCGCACAUCAGGCGAGGGCGUCCUGAGGGCGCGGAGCCCCAUCGACUGCGAGCUGCAGAAGGAGUACACCUUCAUCAUCCAGGCCUACGACUGUGGGGCCGGAGAUACCGGUGCAGGCUGGAAGAAGUCUCACAAGGCGGUGGUGCAUAUCCAGGUGGAUGAUGUGAACGAGUUUGCGCCCGUGUUCCGGGAGCCUGUGUACCAGGCCACGCUGACGGAGGGCAAGAUCUACGACAGCAUCCUGCAGGUGGAAGCCUGGGACCAGGACUGCUCACCACAGUACAGCCAGAUUUGCAACUACGACAUCGUCACCCCACACACGCCCUUUGCUAUUGACCGCAAUGGUAACAUCCGUAACACAGAGAGGCUAAGCUACGACAACCAGCAGCACUACAAGAUCAUGGUCACUGCCUUCGACUGCGGCCAGAAGAGGGCGACAGAGAGCGUGGCAGUGCACAUCGAGGUCAAGCCUGUCUGCAAGCCAGGGUGGCAAGGUUGGAAUAAGAGAGCGGACUACGAGCCAGGCACGGGGAGCAAGCAGCUGUUUCCCAAGAUGCACCUGGAGACCUGCGACGGGCCACUUUCGUCGGUGAGGGCCAUGGUUGAACUGCAGACCAGUCACAUUGGGAAGGGCUGUGAUCGCGAGACCUACUCGGAGAAGUCCCUGCAGAGGCUCUGUGGCGCAGCUUCAGGCAGCACUGAUCUACUGCCGGCCCCUAGUGCGUCCACCAAUUGGACGGCCUCCCUGCUGACGGACAGCGGGCGCGACAGUGACCUCAUCUUCCGCUUUGACGGGCGGCAGGCAGCCAACGUGCCGGACCGGCUGGUGCCCCACAACCUGACUGACCAGUUCACCAUCGCCACGUGGAUGAAGCACGGGCCGAGCCCGGGCCUGCGCGCCGAGAAAGAGACGCUGCUGUGCAACUCCGACAAGACAGAGAUGAACCGGCACCACUACUCCCUGUAUGUGCACAACUGCCGGCUGGUCUUUCUGCUGAGGAGGGACUUCACCCAAAUAGACACCUUCAGACCUGCAGAGUUCCACUGGAAGCUGGAGCAGAUCUGUGAUAAGGAGUGGCACUACUACGUGAUCAAUGUGGAGUUUCCGGCAGUGACGCUUUUCGUGGAUGGCGUGACGUAUGAGCCCUACCUGGUGACGGAUGACUGGCCCAUCCAUCCUUCACAGAUAGAUGUGCAGCUGACCGUUGGAGCCUGCUGGCAAGGCGGAGAGGUGACCACGCCACGCUUCACCCAGUACUUCCGUGGGAGCCUGUCGGGCCUAACCAUCCGCCCGGGGAAGAUCGAGACCCAGAAGGUCAUCUCCUGCCUGCAAGCCUGCAAGGAGGGCCUGGACAUUAACUCACUUGAGAGCCUGGGCAAGGGCAUCAAGUUCCACUUCAACCCAGCCCAGUCGGUCCUGGUGAUGGAGGGGGAUGAUCUGGACAGCAUUAACACGGCCAUGACCAAAGUGUCCUACAUCAACUCCAGGCAGUUCCCCACACCAGGCCUAAGGCGCCUUCACAUCAGUACCACAGUACAGUGUUUCGGCGAGGAUACCUGCAUUUCAAUCCCGGACAUCAAGGCCGCCGUCAUGGUGCUUCCUCCUAGCGAGCCCCGCAUCACCAUCGCUGGUGUAGAGCGCCUGGUCCGACCCGCCGCCAGACUUCAGUCUGUCACUGGCGUCACGCUCUUUAAGGAGGUCCGCAUUGUCAGCACCGUCACCAAGAGCGAUUCGGCCUUCAGUGUUGCCCAUCGGCCAGGCGUGCUGGAGGUCAUGCACAAUCUGGACUACUGUGACGUGCUGGUGAUCGGGGAGGAACUCAACCCAGAACUGGAGAGCCUGGAGAUCCACCACAGCUCCCUGAUCGGCAAACACCUGGACGCCACCAACUCCACCUCCGGCAUCUCAAUCUACGGUGUGGACUCAAUGUCCCAUUACGAGCAGGCCAUCAGGCAGGUGAGGUAUCGCAACUGGCACCCCACUGCUCUGCUGGAGAGAAGGUUCCGGCUCAGCUGCUCGGAGCUCAACGGACGUUACACCAGCAACGAGUUCAACCUGGAGGUUGGUGUGGUGCACAGCUCAGUGGUCGUCGAGCAUGUCAAUCACAUGGCUGCCCAACCACAGUACCUGAGACCUGUGCAUCAUCCUGUCAUGGUUCAUACUGUCAGCUCCAAUCACAUCUCAGGCACCCCUCCUGCUGCCACUGUGGUGAUUGUGAUGUGUAUAGCCGCCCUUGUGGUCAUUGUGGUGCUGGGCAUUUACCGCAUCCACACCACCCACCAGGAUGGCACCAAGGCGGACGAGGAGGGAGGCAAGGAGGCCGAGAUGGACUGGGACGACUCCACCCUCACAAUCACCGUCAACCCCAUGGAGAACAUCCAAGCUGCUGAGGGAGCAGAGGAGGCGAGAGAGGAGGAGGAUGAAGAGGAGGAUGAUGAGGAAGACGAAGAGGAGGAAGAUGAGCUGGCAGAAGAGGCGUCCAGCGGGGAGUCAGAGGAGAGUGACGAGGAGGAGGCAGAAGCACACAAGGCCAAGGGGAAGGCCAAGCUGGAGUGGGACCACACUACGUUACCAUAUUAAUCAGUCACACGCUUGUUUUUCUUUUGCUCACUCACUCACACACACACACACACACACACACACACACACACACACACACACACACACACA